UUUGUUUUUGCACUGGAGUCUUGUAAUAUUGUGUUCUUUGUUGUGUUUAACAAUUUUAGUUUUAGGGUAUCAAUUUUUUUUCCUGAAAGAUGGUUGGUUUUGGGAAGAAGUUGAAAGAAACACAAAUUCAAGAAUGGCAAGGAUACUAUAUCAAUUAUAAAUUGUUGAAGAAGAAAGUGAACCGAUACAGGCAACAAAUUCAAGUCGGAAAUGAAAAUCGCCUUCAUGUUCUUAAGGAUUUCGCAAGAAUGCUUGAUGCUCAAAUUGAAAAGAUUGUCUUGUUUCUCUUGGAACAACAAGGAGCACUAGCUAGUAGGUUAUCAGCUAUUGGAGAACAGCAUGAUGCCCUAACAGAGCAUCAAGAUGCAUCAAGACUUUCUGAAUUACAAGAAUCCUAUAGAGCAGUUGGACACGAUCUUUUAAGGCUUCUUUUUUUUGUUGAGAUGAAUGCUAUUGGUUUGCGUAAGAUUUUGAAGAAGUUUGAUAAGCGCUUUGGCUACAGAUUUACUGAUUACUAUGUCAAGACCCGAGCUAAUCAUCCUUAUUCCCAGCUACGACAAGUGUUUAAGCAUGUGGGCAUUGGGGCGGUUGUUGGAGCAAUAUCCCGCAAUCUUGUGGAGCUUCAAGACCACCCUGGGAACUACAUAUCAAUAUAUGAUCAGCCUGCUUUAUCCCAUCCGGAUCCUGUAGUUGAUUCUAUUAAUGCAGCUGUGAACAGGUUAUCAAACUCAACAAAUUUCCUUGAGUUUUUGGGAAAGCAUGCUUUUAUUGUGCAAGAUGAAUUACGUAGUCCUUCUGAAGACCAUGUCGUUGAGCAGAGAUAUCAUUUUAUGUCGCUUCUCCUGAACUUGGUGAACACAUUUCUAUAUAUGGUCAACACAUAUAUUAUUGUCCCUACUGCAGAUAACUAAUCUCUCAGCCUUGGAGCUGCAGCGACUCUUUGUGGUGUCAUAAUUGGGUCAAUGGCUGUGGCGCAAGUGUUUUCUUCCGUUUAUUUUAGUGCAUGGUCAAAUAGAUCAUACUUGAAACCCCUUAUUUUCAGUAGCAUCGUUCUGCUCAUUGGAAACACCUUGUAUGCACUGGCUUAUGAUCUUGAUUCAAUAGCAGUUCUUCUGAUUGGUCGACUAUUUUGUGGGUUAGGUUCUGCAAGAGCUGUCAACAGGCGCUAUAUCAGUGACUGUGUUCCACUUAAGUUGCGAAUGCAGGCUUCUGCAGGCUUUGUCAGUGCCAGUGCACUAGGAAUGGCUUGUGGCCCUGCUCUUGCUUGCUUAUUUCAAACUAAUUUUAAGGUUUACAAAUUCACAUUUAAUGAGGACACUUUGCCUGGUUGGGUCAUGGCUCUUUCAUGGCUUGUCUAUUUAUUGUGGUUGUGGAUUUCCUUUAGAGAGCCACCCCUGGAGACCAAAGAGAAUUCCGUACCGCAGGAAGGGCUAUUGGUACGUUAUUCUGUAGAACAUGGUAUUACCCAGCCUUUGCUUUUGAACACUAAAGCAAAACAGAAAGAUGAGCAUGAAAAUCAAGAACUCGAUGAUGAUGAUGAUGAAGAUUCUGAGGAAAUUCCCAAACCUGUCACUUCAAUUGUGUCGGCAUAUCGGUUACUUACACCAUCUGUGAAGGUUCAACUCUUUGUUUAUUUUAUGCUCAAGUAUGCGAUGGAGAUUCUGCUUGCUGAAUCAAGUGUCAUCACUGAAUACUAUUUUAUAUGGUCAACCAGCAGCGUGGCAAUUUUUCUUGCAAGCCUUGGGCUAACAGUGCUUCCAGUAAACAUCAUUGUUGGGAACUACAUCAGCAAUAUGUUUGAAGAAAGGCAAGUUCUUCUAGCAUCUGAAAUUAUAGUGUGCAUAGGUAUACUCCUGAGCUUCCAGAUAUUGGUCCCUUAUUCAGUGCCUCAAUAUGUUGGCUCAGCACUUAUUACCUUUGUGGCCGCUGAAGUCCUUGAAGGUGUGAAUUUAUCGCUUCUAUCUCGGGUCAUGUCAUCGAGGCUUUCACGUGGAACCUACAAUGGUGGACUACUUUCAACAGAAGCCGGAACCCUGGCUCGAGUAAUUGCAGAUGGAACAAUAACACUAUCUGGUUACUUGGGUGAGAGUAGGCUGUUGAAUGUAACCUUAAUUCCUUCACUCUUCAUAUGUAUCUCCUCCAUUGUUGCUACCUGCUUUACCUACAACUCUCUUUACUAAUUGGUUACCUUACUCUA